AUGUCGCACGCUCGCGUUGAGGAAGUCUCCGACUCCGACCCUGAGGAGGUCGCUCCUGACUAUGACAGCGACGAAGACCUCCCCGCCAAUGCCAUCAUCUCGCCCGCAAACAUCCCAAACCGGGCUCCAGCACCCCAGCCGCAAGCUCAGCCCCAGAUGCAAAUGCCUCAAAUGCCUCAAAUGCCUCAAAUGCAAGCUCCUGAGCCCCAGCGCGAGAUCCCCAGACAUUUCUCAUGCCUGUAUCCCGUUUACUUCGACAAGACCCGAUCGCGCGCCGAGGGCCGCAAGGUGGGCGCCGAGCUUGCGGUGGAAAAUCCUCUUGCUAGAGACAUUGUCGAUGCCGUUCAGAUGCUUGGUUUGAAUGCUGGCCUGGAGCCGGAGAAGCUGCAUCCCAAGGAUUGGGCGAACCCUGGUCGUGUGCGCGUGCAGGUUAAGAAUGAGGAUGGCAAGCUGGCCAACCCCAAGAUCAAGAACAAGCACCACCUUUACAUUCUCGUUGCGCAGUACCUCAAGGCCCACCCGACUAACGAGCAGUCUCCUUACCGGUUACGCAUUCGUGGCCUGCCCAUGCCCGAGAAGCUCCCAGCUGCCCCGGCCGCUCCACGGGGCUGGAAGAUUGGAAAGAUCCUGCCGAUCCACUCCCCCGCCUACAGCGGUGGUGGUGUCAGCGACAACCCUCUUAAGGACGCGAUGGCGGAGAUGCAGAACAUGCAAGGAAUGCCUGGUAUGCCUUCAAUGCCCGGAAUGCCUGAUCUUAGCAUGCUGGGUCUGGGUGGUGGCGAGCCUGCAGGCCCGAGUGGUGCUGGCGGCGCCGAAAAGAAAAAGAAGGAAAAGAAGAAGGGCAAGGCAUGA